AUGGUUCGGCUCAACAUAUUUGCCCUCGUGCCCUUUGCACUCGGGGCAACUGCAGCUGUGCUUGAUAUUCCAUCUGUUGAUGCUGCUGUUGCCGCGGCGCUAAAGGGUUACGGGAACUAUGAAGCUUACUCUGGCCCUCAAAAGAAGCCACCGCCUCAGGCAAAUGUCAGCAACUUGAAACAAACCAAAGUGGCACUUGACGAUUCAUCCUAUUGGCUUGACUAUCUCUACGUCUAG